AUGGAAGCUGGCCCUUCACGAUCUACCACGACUACAAAUGAUCAAGCACAAUCACACCCUCUACCUCAAACCCACUUUUAUUCCGUGGAAUAUCCUGGCUAUGUUCAGCCUGCUUCAGUUCCUCAAGCAAUCCGCAAUCUCGGUGGUCCUUCCAGUCUAGAAACCGCCUUCCGGCGCGGCGCGUCAAAAUCAGAGACCUUGGUCGAGCUCAAACUUCAGCCCGACGACUCCUUUGUGCAUCCAGUUCCCGGCGAAGUAGUCGCGAACAAUAGUAUCGUUAUCAAAGUAACGCGACGAAAGAGAAAAGGGACCGUAAUGCCUGAAUUGAAUGAACUAGGCCAGCAUGAACUUCUUGGAGACUUCAAAGCAGAGGCAGUGGGCAUCUUACACAAGACAGUGAGAUUCAGAUCGAUGGUCGAUUUUCAAUUUCUGCCUGACUCUGAUGAUCCUAUAUCUCGUCUGCGUUUUGCCAUGGACAGAAUGGAUGUACAAGCAAUUGCUUCAUACCGAACUCCUCCAGAGAACGAAGAUUAUAGAAUAGCUUCCAAGUCGCUAUUUUCAAAUGCAGUAUCAACUCUAGGUGCUCCAGAAAUGAAUAUAGACCCGCAGCUUGUUGAAGAAGGCAUCGAUACUGCGAAAAACACGAAGCCAUCUUCAAAUCAAGCAUUUCGAAGUAAUCUCCGGUUAUUCCCUCCGCCAAUAUUCAGUCGUCAAGGCAUUGCUCAAAGCUAUAAUUUCAAAGGGAAUCCAGCUUCUAUUGUAUCGACUGUCGUCAACGAAGAAACCGGAGAGGAGAAGAAACGAUUGAUCAAUAGGAUGCGUUGGAAGGGCUAUGGUCCCGCUACGAUUGCAUUCUCGGAUCCCAUCGCUCCUGACAAACCUCCGACGAAUGUAGAAGCAGUGCGGGAGCAAGUGGAUAAAAAUAUUUUGAAGAAAUUGGACGAGCUUUUUGCCCAACGUCCUGUUUGGACCCGAGCCUCCCUUUUCAACCAGAUAUCGGCUACCGUCGCCAAAGAGAUCCACAACUCGAAAGUGAUACUUCCGCUUGUUUGCUACGUUUUUCAUGAUGGCCCUUGGCGAGAUACAUUAGUUAAAUUGGGCUAUGACCCUAGGAAGGAUCCUGAAGGACGUUUCUAUCAACGACUUUAUUUUCGAAACGCAAAUCAUCCCAUAAAUCGUCCGUCCGUCGUAACACGUCGCCAAGAAAGAGCCACAACUGCUGCGACGAUCACAACAGAUCCAGAGAAGGAGGAAGCCAGUUCUCCCAUUCACAGGACAUCGCAUAUGUUUGAUGGUGUUAACUUAACUAAAGAAACUGCCGCUUUCCAAUUGUGCGAUAUCACGGACGUUAUGCUCAAAGAAAUGAUUGAGGAUCCAGACGAUGUCCGCGAGGCUUGCGACGAACGCGACGGUUGGUAUUCUACGCAUGCACUGGAGCGUAUAAAAGCCGUUUUGCGCCUCAAGUUCUUCUCUCUCUUGGAUGGCCGUCCGGCCACUGAUGAAGAAUGUCAGGCUGUCUUGGAGCAAGCUGAGAUGGAAUCAAGCAAGGCCGUAGCCUCGUCCCGAAAUGCGAAGAUGAGGCUAGGGAAGCAUAAUAUGGCCAAAGGCGCGUUGAGGCCGGAGGAAGCUGCUGCGUUCCGUCUACGAGCCACUCUCGAUAGGGAAAAAAGGUUACCGCCCUAA